AUGUCCCAGACACUGAAGGCUAAAGCCAGCAAAGCCGAUCAGGCUACCUUCUUCCUGGCCCGAGCCAACGAAUCACUACUUAGAGACUCCGAAUUUGUAGACUCUAUUGCAAAAGGUCUAUUGGAAUACUUUGCCCUUAAUUUCGGGGAGAGGUUUCGGAGACCACACUAUG